CUCAAGUCCUGCUGGACUUUCAGCAAGCAUGGGGGCGUUAUUUCCCUGGGUGGGAGGCUGGGGGGGACUGCAGCUUGGCCUACCAUGUGGACUGCGAUGACCAAGGCAUGGUGACAUACAUGGAUCUUGGCAAUAAUACUCUAAGUGGGUCUAUUCCAUCCAUCAUCGGCAACGUGAGCAACCUCGUUACAUUGUCUCUAUUCUCUAACAUCUUGAGUGGGUCUAUUCCUUCCACCUUCGGCUACAUGAGCAGGCUUACAUACCUGUCUCUAGCCUACAACAAUUUGACUGGACCUAUUCCAUCCACCAUCGGUUACAUGAGCAGCCUUACGUAUCU